CUGGAGGCGGUGCUGAAAUUACCGGCUUUGAAGAACCUGUCUGCAAAGUUUCGUCCAAUCGUUUCAGGCUUUCCGCUUAUUCCCUGUUGUAACUAAAUACUGCUGUAAGAACAGCUGAAGUCCUUUGUUGGAAAUGUGUGAUCGCAGUCUCUACAGAUCUGGCUACGUUGGUUCUCUCUUGAAUUUGCAAUCUCCAGAUUCCUUUUAUUUUCCUAAUUUGCGGGCUAAUGGCAGUCAAUUGGCGGCUCUGCCCACCAUUUCCUACCCCAGAAGCUCGAUCCCGUGGACUUGCUCAAGUUCGUGCGCAGCCCAGCCGCAGAGCCACGCGUUCAGCGGCGCGGCGCAGCCUUACCUCCCCGGCUCUGUUCCAAUCAACAUCAACUCCAACAGCAACAAAGAGUGCCUGGAAGAAAACAAUAAAUAUUACGCCCAUGAUGCGAGCUCCAAACAAGAGGAAAGAUGCAGGCAGAGGCAAUCUUUCGCAAAUGACCCAACUAUUACUCACGCAGCCAACUUAAAGCCUGUAAAGUAUGACCACUCGAGCCUGCAGAGAAGUUUGCAUGGCUCGGCUACUCUUUUUGAAGUGAACUCCUGCACUUCCAGCCUAAAGGAGGACAUCAAGAAUUCGGUCAACUUGAACCUGACAGUUCAGCCCGCAGCAGUCCAGUCAUGCCUCCGACCUUCAGUGCAGGAUGGUUUGCCUUGGUGCCCCACCCAGGGGAGAUCAAGAAAGAAACGGAAACCUUACACAAAACAACAAAUUGCUGAAUUGGAAAACGAGUUUCUCCUCAAUGAGUUUAUUAACCGACAGAAGAGGAAAGAACUAUCAAACAGACUGAAUUUAAGCGAUCAGCAAGUUAAAAUUUGGUUUCAGAACCGACGAAUGAAAAAGAAAAGAGUAGUAAUGCGUGAGCAGGCGCUUUCUAUGUACUAGACCAGAGUCCGCCCGUUCCUGCAUGAACUUGUGCCUGGAGUGUUCACCCCUAGAGUAGAGUAUAUUCGCGGCUGAAAUGCGGGAAGUGUGAUUUUGUUUUUGUUUUUGUUUUACCAUUUAAACCAAAAUCUCCAAGCGCGUAGGAUCCCUGUGUAAAUUGGCAAAUGCUGAGUUCUUAGCCAAAAUGAAGAAAACAAGCCAGCCCAGCACGGAAACCUGUAUUAUCAGCUUUUACCUUUCUUUCUCCUUUUAUAUAGAUUUUCUCCUGCUUCUUAUCCUCCCUUUCCCUG